GCGGCCGCUCUGCUCCCUGACCGCCCGGCCCCAUCGCGUAGGCCCGAGCCACCAAGGUCGCCGGCUGCUUUUCCUGCCCUGGGUCCAGCUGCUGUCAGCCCCCGCCUUUGUCUCCAGCGACUCCCCAGAGGCAGCAGCCUCAGCUAGAACCUCCCCCGCCUGGCCUUCCUCCUCACCCUCACCGUCCGGACCCCAGCCCAGCCUGCUGGCUGUGUCCCCUCCAUCCUCUGGGCCCCGUGGUGCCUCCCUGGGGCUUUCAGUCUAGGGGAAGGACACACACACACUUUCUCCAGAAGUUGGAAACAACAGCUUGUUAUUUAGUCCAGGUGUUGUGUUGUCCUGGGGGUGGUUUGGGGUGGUGCCUCCCUGGGUCACCCCUUCCCAUUCUUGUCCUUGGGGCUCUUAAAGCUGAUGUCCCCGCCAAGCCGAGAAGGCGCGCCGCUCCUCUGACAACUUAUCCAUUCCCCAGAGAUGUUCUUUUUCUUUAUUUGCGUCCUGUUUUCAGGAAUCUAACACACCUACCGCCAGCCUGGCCGGCAUCUUCCAGACACUUGGGGCACCUUUGGAGGUGGUCACAGUCCCCAUCACCUCUCCCCGUGUAUAGCUGGCCCUGGGGCCCCAUGUUCAGGUGCCUCUUUCUGAAGGAGACCCCAACCAUUCUCCAGCUUGCAGUCCUGGUGGCCUCGGGAGUGGGGGUGGGGGGACCUCUGUGUGUGUCCUCCCCAGGUCGGCAGUGCAGACAUGGGACCUGCAGCACAAGCCCCUCCCUGCAGCGCUGUCAUGAUCACGGGGUGCGGUAUGCCUGGCGGCAGGCUCUGCAGCCACCCAGACCAGUACUGUCAGAUCCAGGCGUUUCGGCCCUCUCCAUGCCAGAUGUUUCCCUGGACUGGCCUGUGAAUGUGACAGUGCAAGUGACCUGGUUCUCGAAGCUCCAAAAUCACACUGAUGUUGUCCAUGGCCGACGGUGAACCCUGGUGUCAGAGGGGACCACAUACCCUGGCCACUGUCACUCUGCUGUGCUCAGCUCCUGGGCGGUGUGAGGUGACAGCCAGCACAUUGGAACUGGCGUACCUGGGAAGUUACCUAUCAUUGUGGCCAGCCUGUCGAAGAAAUGGAUUUGGAUCAAUUGGACCUGAAUCCCAGGAUUAUUGCUGCAGUUAAGAAAGCCAAACUGAAAUCAAUAAAGGAGGUUUUGCAUUUUUCUGGCCCGGACCUGCAGAGACUGACCAGCCUGUCCAGCCUGGACGUGCAGCACUUGCUGAGAGCGGCCUCCUCACGCCUGCGGGGAGGCGGUGUCCUCACAGCGCUGCAGCUGUGCGAGCGGGCGGGGGGGCUCCCCGCGCGGCCCCAGCGCCUGAGCCUCGGCUGCCCCGUGCUGGACCGGCUCCUCCGCGGCGGCCUGCCCCUGGACGGCGUCACCGAGCUGGCCGGCCUCAGCUCCGCCGGGAAGACCCAGCUGGCCCUGCAGCUCUGCCUGGCGGUGCAGUUCCCGCCGCGCCACGGGGGCCUGGACGCAGGGGCCAUGUACAUCUGCACGGAAGACGUCUUCCCAAACCUGCGCCUGCAGCAGCUCAUCGCGCAGCAGCAGCGCCUACGGACAGACGUUCCGGGAGAGGUAGUCAGCAGGAUAAAAUUCAGCAACCAGAUCUUCAUCGAGCACGUGGCCGACGUGGACUCCCUGCUGGAGUGUGUGAGGGAGAAGGUGCCCGUGCUGCUGUCCCGGGGGAUGGCCCGUCUGGUGGUCAUCGACUCCGUGGCGGCCCCAUUCCGCUGUGAGUUUGACGGCCCGGCCUUGGUCCCCAGGGCCAGGCAUCUGCAGGCCCUGGGAGCCGCCCUGCGCCGGCUGAGCUGUGCCUUCCAGAGCCCAGUGCUGUGCAUCAACCAGGUGACAGAGGCCACAGAGGAGCAGGGCACAGCGCCCCGGCCACACGGGCUCCGGGACGAGCGUGUUUCUCCAGCCCUUGGAAUGACCUGGUCCAACCAGCUCCUCAUGAGGUUGAUGGUCCACCGGCGCCGCCCCGGGGACGAGGCCGUCACCCCAGCCGGCCCCCCUGACCGCACCCUGAGCGUGGUCUUCGCCCCUCACCUGCCGCCCUCCUCCUGUUCCUACACAGUCAACGCUGAGGGAGUGCGAGGGACCCCGGGGACCGAGUCCUGUUGACACAGACCCCAGAUGCCGGACAAGCCUGCCCUGUCUGCGGGCACAGGAUUGGCAUCCUGACUCCGCACACCCAUCACCGGGUCAGGGCCUGCUUGAGGGUGUCGGCUGCACCUCAACGGCAGGAAGGCGGUGAGCACAGAGGAGCCACCCGACGUGGCCUCCACGCAGCCUCCACGCAGGCAGGGCCACGUCCACGCUCGUGCUGCACCACGCUGCCCGGCACAGCGGGCCCCGGGCCGCUUCACCACAGCCUGCUCUGUGCCAGGCUCUGCCCUAAGUAACUCCGUGUUGGUGUGGUCUUCACAGCCCCUGGGGACCGGUACACUUAUAAUCCUUGCUCUCAGGGAAACUGAGGCACAGAACAGCUAAGCAACUUGACCAACCUCCCACAACUCUACAAGCCAGACACUGAGCCCCGGGGCUGGUGCCAGGAAGGCAGGCCCAUGCCGGACCCAUACGAGGGGUGGAGGCACAGGUCCCUGUAACUGGGCACUCUUUCUGUUUGGAUAUUUUCUAGAGCAGAAACAUGGAUUUGAAAUGUCCACCCAGUUUUUAAAGUAGUCUGUGGCCCUCAAAAGGGUAAGAAUGGCCGCUGUAAAUAGAAAACAGGUUGUAAUUUUAUACAAGAGCCUUUCUGCAAGUGCACGGACUUUGCACCAAGAAAUAAACCAUUUAUUUUUUAAUAAAAUACAAACAA